UUCGAUUUAUCUAUUCACUUGUUGAUGUUGUGUAGUGUCUAGCUAAUAAUUUUUUUUUAGUCAGAAUUCAGAACUUCCAAUUGAGUCAUCUUUAAAAAAUACUAAACAAAUAAUAAAUCGAUUCUAAAUAAAUAAAAAACUAAAAAUUACCAUGUCAUCAAUCACAGGACGAGCUCUCCAUUAUGUCUUCAAAGUUGGAGACAGAGCUAAAAAUGCUUUCUUUUAUCGCAGCAUUCUCGGAAUGAAGGUACUGAGGCACGAAGAAUUCACAGAGGGCUGCGAUGCUCAAUGUAAUGGACCUUAUGACAAUCGUUGGAGCAAAACUAUGGUUGGCUAUGGGCCGGAGGCUUCACAUUUUGUUAUUGAACUCACAUACAACUAUGGAGUUAAGAGCUAUGAAAUGGGUAAUGACUUUGGUGGAAUCACCAUUAAGUCCAAAGAAGCUCUCGAUCGUGCCAAAUCAAACAACUAUCCAAUCACAAAGGAGAACAAUCUGGACGUGUUGACCUCUCCAGAUGGAUACAAAUUCUUCGUCAUUGAUGAACCACAACCUAGCAAUGCUGAUCCAGUGGUUGAAGUUACAAUUAACUCAACAAAUCUCAUUAAAUCUAAAAAUUAUUGGAAGGAUCUUCUUACGAUGAAGCUUCUCAAAGAAGAAGGCAAAUCUUUGCUUCUUUCAUAUGGCAAUAAACAAGCAUCCCUGCGAAUUCGUGAAAUCUCAGAUCCUUUGAAUCGUGCCAAGGCUUAUGGUCGCAUUGCCUUUGCAGUUCCUCUUGAUGAGCAACCAAAAAUCGAUGAAUUAAUAAAAGCAGCGUCUGGAACGAUUCUCACUCCCCUAAUUACUUUGGAUACACCUGGCAAAGCCACAGUGCGUGUUAUUAUUCUUGCUGAUCCUGAUGGUCAUGAAAUUUGUUUUGUCGACGAAGAAGGAUUCUCUCAAUUAUCUGCAGUUGAUCCAGAAGGUGAUACACUUUUAGAUAGAUACAUUGAAAAGGAUCCAUUUCAAGGAAAGUGAAGUUAGAUUUAAUUGGCAAUUGUAAGAUACUCGUAUGAUUUUAUUUUGAACUCCUUAAUUUGAUGUGAUGAAAAGUGCUUUGUUUAUUUAAAUAAAAAAAUGAUUGAUAAUACAUAAUUGGAAA